UAAUAUUUGCCUUUCAAAUAAAUAAAAACACGAUUUCAACCAUGCAAGGCAUGGAUAAGCAGAAACUGUUAAGAUGCGCAGACUGGCUAGAAAAGCAGAACGACCAGGAGCCUAAAAAGCUAUCACUUCAGAAUAAGAACGUGAAUGACAUCCAGUUCAUAAUAGAAACGAAUGCGGUUAGGAAGAAGUUCCUUCUAGCCGCUGCCGAGGACGACGCGUCUGUACCUGAUGGUAUUGACGAGCCUCAAGUAACACCUAAGAGAGUGCCUCUACGCAAAUUACGAAAGGAACAAUUAAACAUUGAGUGUCAGUGGCAAGCCUGCAACUGGUCCACGGAUAACUAUGAUGAGUUUCAGAAGCAUGUCCGUGGCCAUGUCACUGAUCUUCAUGUACUUGAAGAUAGUACAAAAAUUGAAUAUGUGUGUCUAUGGGAUGUUUGCGGGCACAAAAGUAAGGAUCCCAGUGAGAUAGUCCGUCACAUCAAUUACCAUGCCUACCACGCGAGACUCCUGGCCAUUGGGUUCAACGGCCGGGCCACAUUGAAGCUUGUUUGCUGUAAGAAAGACUCAAACAAAAGGAAUGUUUUGCCACCACUUCCGAGUGACCAUUAUUGCAUGUGGGUGGGCUGUUCAGAGAAGUUUGACUCUAUACAGGCAUUCUUCGACCACGUGACCCUCCACAUCAACUACGCUGAACCCCUGGUCUGCUCGUGGGCCGGUUGUGGCGCCACCUUCACCCGACGCACGAUACUGGCGACCCACGCGCGCACACACACAGGGGAGAAGCUGAUAGCGUGCUACCACUGCGGGCAGCGGUUUGGGUGCAAUAGGAAGCUUUGCGAUCAUUUGAGGAGACAGAACGCCUCAGCCUCCGCCGGCCACAUCUGCGGCAUGUGCGGCCAGCCCUGCGCCUCCGCCUACUUACUGCGGCAACACACUCGCUCCCACGUCUCAGUCUACGCGUGUACUCUGUGUGACAUGACCGCGCCGACGUUGAGUUCACUAGCGAACCAUGUGCGGUAUAGGCAUCUCGGGUCAAGGCCCGAGGUUAGGGUGCAUGCGUGCAAGCAUUGCGAUUAUAGGGCAAUAACAAAAUGGGACCUAAACAAGCACGUGAAACGAAAGCACCAGAAGAAAGUGAAAAAGAAAGAAAAUGGCGACAGCGCCAGCGAACCGGAACAAUCAGAUGAAGAGGAAUAUCCAGAAGUAAAGAAGAAGGAGAAGAAGAAGUACAUCUGUCACAUGUGUCCGGAGAAGAAGAAUAAAAUAUUCACGAUCGGGACGAAACUCACGUCGCAUCUGGUCAAGGUGCACGGGGUUCAGUGGCCGUUCGGACAUAGCCGGUUUCGGUACCAAAUAAGCGAAGAUGGGAUGUACCGGCUCACCACAACCAGGUACGAGAGUCUAGAAGUUUCCAAAAAGAUUGUAGAUGGCUCUGCCGUGUCUGGACCAAUCAUAACCUCGUAUGAAUUCGAGAUUGUCAAGAAAAACGACGCUACGGAAAACACACCGAACCAAAUUGUCAUAGGAGUAAAGGGCGAGAAUGAACCCAGUGACGAUAGCAUUAAGAGCGAAGGCCAAGGGGUAGAAAUUACGAUGUGUGAUGUAGAUGAGCAUGGUAAUAUUAUUAGUUCGGAGGUUAUUCAGGAUGUUUUGUAUAGUUAGUGGGCUAUGCUGAGAAUUGUUGUGGGAAAUACCUAGUUUUAUUUUAAAUACUUGCAUAAUUCUAGUGAUAUAAAAAAUUACGACUGACUCUUUGUAAGAAUUAGAUUAUAAUCGUUGUUAUGUGUCGUCAGUCGUUAUGAUAAGUACUUACAUUUUAGUGCGGUCAAGU